AUGUUGCUUGGACGAGUGUUCUCGUCGUUGGCGCUUUCGGUCAUAGCUUUGGCCGUGGACCCGCAGCAGCAGUGCCACGGCGCCUGUGCUGAGGGUGACGAAGUACAGUUUCUCCACGUGAAGGAGCACGGAAAGUUGGACAGCAAGGACAACAAGAAGAGCGGUGAUGCUGUGGUGUUCAAAGUGUCCCCAGUGAACGGUGAGAAGAACUCAUUGUUAUCAAAGGGCGUAAAGACAUCGGUCCUCCUUGGAAGUGGAGCGAAUCCAGGAGCGGCGCGGGAAGUUGGCUACUUCCGUGCCUUGAAUCAAAUGGGCCUCCUGGACGGGAUCGAUCAGAUGGUUGAAGGCGCUGGGCUUGUUACCGCACCCCUGCUGUACGCCAAGGGCCUCACUUUGGAUCAACUCCUAGGCCCCCCCACGGAGCCUGCAAGUCUGACGCUUUCAAACAUCGCAAGUCCCAGUGGGAAGAUUCUCGACGUGAUGACUUACCGCAUUUUUGGAUCCGCCUUCUAUGCUGCAGUGGCUGCUGCAGGGACCCUAGCGCCUGCCGAGUUCUUCGAAACAGUCGUUGCUCUGAACUACUUGUGCCCCUUCGGCCUCAAUGGGAAGUUGCCAGGGCCGGGCUUCGCGGAGGGGGCGGCACAAUUCCAGGCCGCAGCAGAGAGUUUCGCAGCGAUAACAGGUUUUCCCCUGCCACCAUUGCCCGCCGGUUGCAGCGAGCAUUUGGGGAACCAGAACCAAGUCUGGGCUUUGGACGAAGCGCACCUCCAGAGGAUGGCGAGCCAGAACCCGACUCUGGACAUGUCUGGCAACCUGACUAUCCAGAGGACGAGCGUGCGGAGCCACGUCAUCACCGGGCGCCUUGGACCCCCAGAAGGUCAGUACCCUUUGAACGGCGCCACACCGAACUUCUGGCUCAGCCCUGACCAGUGCGGAGUUCCCUUCUUCCCCUACGACCCGAUCUACAAGAGCUUCGAUUACCAGCCAGUCAACUCGAGUGAGGCGGCUGCUCGAAAGGAUGUCGUUUUGGGCGGCGGCGUGGUGGACUCCAUUGCCUGCUUGUCCACCAUCGCCCCAACGCAGAGUCAGGAGCAGCAGGGCAAGACGGAAGAGGCCAACAGCAACUUCGCGGCGAGCAACGCAGGGAACGCGGCCCUCCUCACAUUGCAGGGAGCAGUUAGCAUAGCCUCGAACGACUAUGACACUGCCGCCGUCUACCAAAACACUGGGCUCCUUGAGACUCUGGAUGAGUUGCUGUUCCAAACAAAUCAGCCGCCACGUGACCCGUUGGAUCCAUACCCCAUGAACUCUGCGAAGGUCUAUUGGCCAGUGGCGGAGCCGGAGAGGGGUGAUGUGCAGGAGAAGCUGCACUAUUUGUUCAACGGAAACGCCAUUUCAGGCAACGGUUUCGUCCAUGCUCUUCAAAGCGGAGCCGAGUGCUUUAUGUCUUUGACGGGAACCGGGAUUCAAUAUGGUGGGGAUGCGCGACAGCAGACCACUGAGAUCCCGCUCAUCUCUGACUUCCUGGACUGCGAGUCCCUGAAGAUCACUGACUUCAGUGCAUGGGCUGCGUGGCUCAAAAGACCGCCAGUCAACCCGCGUCUCUGGGGCAUCCAGCGAGACGACUCGAAUAUUAACGCCACAAUUCCCGAGGAGGCGGCUUUGCCUGGCUUCCCCGGUACAAUUGGUCAGAUAUUCGAGCCUCGCAGCUAUUUCCCGCUACUCUGUAAGGUGCAGGAGAGCUUUGACAACGGGGGGCCUGUGAGGGCCAGCGCUACGUUGACGACGGUUCAGAACAUCAACUUUGGCAUUGAAGCGGGCCAGAAGAUCCGUGUCCUCUUAGUCUUCGAAGAGCAGUCGCCAGCCUGGGAAGCAUUGCUUCCGGAAGAGACCAGGACCAUGAUCCAGGAUGGCAACUUUACCAGUGGCCUCACCGGCAGAGAUGGCUGGCCUUUUCUGCAGCCCACCUUCCCUCAAGGGCAACUUAAUGAACCUGGCGUCGAUCCCAACGCCAUUUCGCCUCAGCAGGCCAACCUCAAGGCGGCGCAGUCAGAGUGGGAAAUGCUGCAGAUGCGUGAGGACGUCGAGGAGUGCAUGCACGGAAAGAAGAAGUCGUACUAUGCUAGUUCAAGCCACCCCCGGCGCUGGGGAUUCAACCGCCAUUGGCGCUGA